AAUUAUCAAUUUCUGAAAAUGAAGAUGUUAAUAUAUCUAUGAUAAAGGAUGCCCUCGUUAGGUUAGAACCUCCAAAUAAGUCUCAAUCUGAUGUAAAAGAGUAUUCUGUCAUAAAGCUACCUAAUGGUCUCACAGCUUUAUUAAUAUCAGAUAAGUCUCAAAUAAUUAACCUUGAUGAACUAAAUGAAAGCUCUGAGAGUGAAUCUUCUGACAGCGAAUCAUCUGAAAGUGGUAGUAGUUCACAAAAUGAAGUCUCUGAGGAUGAGGAUGAUGUGCCGAAAAAAACUAUUAAUUGUGAUCAGAAAUUGGCAGCUUGUGCACUUUGCAUAGGUGUUGGGAGUUUUAGUGAUCCCGAAGAGAUACCAGGAUUAGCUCAUUUUUUAGAACACAUGAUAUUUAUGGGAAGUGAAAAGUAUCCCAAAGAGAAUGAGUUUGAUACAUUUAUUAAAAAGAAAGGCGGAUCGGAUAAUGCCUCAACCGAAUGUGAGUACACAACUUUUUAUUUUGAUUGCCAUGAAGCUCAUUUGUGUGGAGCAAUGGAAAUAUUCUCUCAGUUAUUUAUUUCUCCAUUGAUGUUACGAGACACUAUGACCAAAGAGAGAGAAGCCAUUGAAUCUGAGUUUCAAAUGUCCCUCCCUUCUGAUGAAAGUCGCAAAUCUCAACUGUUAUGUAGUUUGGCAGAUGUAAGCAACCCAUCUCAUAAAUUUAUGUGGGGCAAUCUUAUCACUCUCAGAGAUAAUGUAAGUGAUGAUGAGCUGUACGAGGCUGUACAUGAAUUCAGGAAAAGACAUUAUUCUGCUCAUCGAAUGACUUUAGCAGUACAAGCUCGUUUGCCUUUAGAAACAUUGGAAUCAUGGGUUCUUAAAUGUUUCAAAGAUGUUCCAAACAAUGAAUUACCUCCUGAUCGUUUUAACCUUAAUGUGUCACCUUUUAGAAAAGACGAUUUCCGCAAAAUGUAUAUAGUGAACCCAGUUAAAAACGUCAAUAACGUAGACCUCACUUGGGUUUUGCCGUCUACUCUCAAAAUGUACAGAACAAAACCUUUGAACUACCUGUCAUGGGUUAUAGGUCAUGAAGGCAAAGGAAGUUUAAUUUCUUUUUUAAGAGAGAAAAUGUGGGGAUUUGAUAUAACUGUGAGUAGUGGUGGAGAUGGCACAGAAGAAAAUACACUCUAUACGCUAUUUACUAUUUCAUUGGUGCUAAGUGAGGAGGGAAUUAAGCACAUCAAAGAAAUACUUAGUGUCGUAUUUGAGUACUUAAAGAUGUUUCAACAAGAAGGGCCUCAAGAAAGAUUAUUUAAAGAAAUGCAGCUUAUCGCUGAAACUAGUUUCAGGUUUGCAGAAGAGAUUUCAUCAGCUGAAAAUGUGGAACAAUUAGCAGAAAAUAUGCACUUUUAUGAAUCAAGAGAUUACAUUACUGGUAUGGAGUUAUUUUAUGAAUAUAAUGCUGUAGCGAUAAGAAGUUUUUUAAAUGAUUUAAGACCAAACAAUGUCAAUAUUAUGAUUUCAUCAAAGAUUGCUGCCUCCAAUGAAAUUCUUGAUAAAGAGGAAAAGUGGUAUGGAACAAAAUAUUGUGUCAAAGAAAUACCUGCAGAUUGGCUGGAGCAAUGGAAGAAUAUCCAAACUACCGAAAAGUUUCACCUUCCUGAAGAAAAUACUUUCAUACCAACAGAUUUUUCAAUUUUAGAAACCCCUCAAACUCCUGAUGAGUACCCUGUAUCCCUGGUCAAAAACAGUCUUUCAGAAGUGUGGUACAAACAAGAUGUUACGUUUAAAUUACCAAAUGCCUUUUGUUGUGUGAAAUUAGUAUCACCGUUUGCUUUUGUGUCACCUCAAAAUGCAGCAGCAUUAGAUUUAUACAUUACUCUAUUGAAGCAAUCUCUCGUUGAAGAGUUGUACCCUGCAAAUGUUGCUCAGCUAGAAUAUGGUUUUCACUCUGGGGAAAAAGGUAUUGUUCUUGUCAUAAAUGGCUUCAACCAAAAGCUAAAGAAACUACUACAUGCAAUUCUGAGAGGUAUGAAAUCACUGACCAACAAUGUGAAAGAAAAGCUCUUUGAUGUUAUGAAAAUGGAACAAAUUAAAGGUUAUUCAAAUGGCAAUUUGAAAACAGGUUUUUUAGCUAGAGAAAUCAGGAUGUCUAUUUUAUUAGAAACAUAUUGGACAGCUCUUAAUAAAGAAGUAGCUAUAUCAGAUCUAACGUUUGAAAAAUUUAAGGAUUUGAUGGCAGAGUACUUUCAACAAAUGUAUGUUCAGUGCCUUGUCCAAGGUAACAUAUCCAAAGAAGAAGCUAUUGAGUAUGCUGAAUUGGUGAAGAAUGAGUUGUCAUUUAAUCCUCUGCCUUCAGACAUCAAACCUAAGAUAAGAGUGCACCAGUUACCUAUCGGUGAGAAAUUUUGUGUUGUUAAGUCAUUCAAUAUUGGUGACUCUAAUUCCAUUGUAACCAACUACUACCAAUCAGGCCCAGGAUCUAUCCAAGAAUCAUGUGUAAUUGAGAUGUUGUUGAUGUUGAUGGAAGAACCUAUAUUUGAUGCAUUAAGAACUAAACAACAACUAGGAUAUGACGUCUCUUGUUCCUUGCGAGAUACAUUUGGUAUCUUAGGAUUUUCUUUAACAGUGAACUGUCAGUCGGAUCGUAAUAGCCCUGAAUUUGUAGAAGGUAGAAUAACAGAAUUCCUUCAUGAUUUUUUUCAAAAGCUCAAAGAUUACCCAAUGGACGAGUUCACAGAAAUGCAAGAGUCACUUAUCAAGCUAAAAAAAUGUAUGGAUAAUCAUUUGAAAGAAGAAGUAAAGAGAAACUGGCAAGAAAUAAAAUCAGAGGAGUACAUAUUCGAUAGACAUCACAAAGAGAGGGAGUUGAUUGAGAAACUAACACUGGAAGAAGUUAUUGAAUGGUUCAAAAUAACUGCUGGCCUUGAAAAUUCAAAUUGUAAAAAGCUGUCUACUCAGGUUGUAGGAAAAUUAGAAGAAGAUAACAGUGAUGGUCCAAGAAAAGAUGAUAGCAAAACAACUCUCAACUUCCUACACAAGCAAGAAACGAGUGACAAAUACAUUUACUGUGUAAAGUCGUUCAAGGAAUCGCUUACUCUGUACCCACCUCACAAAAUUACUUAAACAACUCUCUCACAGGCUUGCAUAUCACAAACAGGAAUUUGUCUUGGUGAAGUUACAAAAUUGAAUCAAGGAUUUAAAAUAUUAAAAAAAGUUAAGUAGCAAAGCUGUACAAAAAAUACAAAUAUUGGAGAUAAACUUUUUGUUAAAAGCAGUAGGCCUUACAGCCUAUUUAACAUGAAUUAUUUAUAAAAUACGGUGUUGAAUUUGUUAAAUAAAUUUUUUAUAGAACAA